UUUUUUUUUUUUUUUUGGCACGGGAACAGAAUCAAUAAACCAUCACCAUACUCUGUUUUUCUGUUUCUCUCUCUUCUCUGUAGUUCAAAUCUAGCCGCUGAAAGCGUUUGCGCAAUGCAAGUUCUAUAGGAUUGUUUGAUUAGUGUUACUGUAGCAGCGUCUUCGUGUUGUGAGAAGAAUCGAGAGAAAAAAAAAAGUGAUGUCGAGGAGACCGGGAAUUCCUACUAGAAGGUUCGGUGACAGUAGCGGUGGAUUGUUCUCUUCUUCCAAAUCUAGGUCCUCGCCUUUGACAAUUGGCCUCGUAGUUGUGGGAGGUUUGUUUCUCGUUGGCUAUUUGUAUAGGGGCUCAGGUGGAUUUAGCAGCCGUUUAGAGUCUGUUAGCAGGGUUGAAGGUGAUUAUUUGUGCAGUGGAGAGGUCCAACAAGCUAUUCCGAUUUUACAGAAAGCAUAUGGAGAUAGCAUGCAUAAAGUUUUGCAUGUUGGUCCUGAUACUUGCUAUGUGGUCUCUAAAUUGCAAAAGGAGGAGGAAACUGAAGCCUGGGGAAUAGAGCCAUAUGAUAUAGAGGAUGCUGAUAAUAAUUGCAAAGCACUUAUCCGUAAAGGCAGUGUGCGUGUGGCUGAUAUCAAGUUCCCUCUUCCAUACAGGCCAAAAUCUUUCUCUCUUGUAAUUGUUUCAGACGCUCUGGAUUACCUUUCUCCCAGAUACCUCAACAAAACUCUUCCGGAUUUGGUGAGGGUAUCAGCUGAUGGUGUAGUGAUAUUUACUGGUUUUCCAAGCACCCAAAAAGCCAAGGUAGCGGAUGUUUCUAAAUUUGGAAGAGCGGCCAAGAUGAGGAGUUCAUCAUGGUGGGUCCGGUUUUUCCUCCAGAUUAACUUGGAGGAGAAUGAAGCUGCUUCUAAGAAGUUUGAACAGGCUUCAACCAAGAGUUCAUAUGUUCCAAGAUGCCAGGUAUUCCACCUCAAGUCACUCCAUUGACUUAUGUGAUGGUGCAACAUUGGAGCUCUGAUUUCUGCUUCUCCAUUUUCAUUUAAAGCGCUUUCUUCUAUAAAGGUAAUUUAAUUCUUUGAAAUAUACUCGCCAUAGAUGGUGUAUCACUUUUGUUGAUAGAUUUUUAUUCUUUGAUUUCCAGCCCCUGGCUGUAAAAGACAAAUCAAAUUUAGUAUUUGACUAAAUUAUUAGUUUAAUCAGGCGAUCAGUGAUUGUUGUGCUAAAGUAAUACUCCUUUUAUUGCAAUAUAAAUUAAAUUUCAUUAUGUUUUCUUGAA